ACCAAAACAAAGGCUGAGGCUAAGCUAUAAUGGCUAAAACAGCAGAAAUGAACUUAAAACUGGUGCGCCCGUGGCGAUUGCCUUAUCGGGCCGCCAUGGAUGCCGUGUGCUGCUAUCACGUCCUCACACACAUGUAUUAAAGCACCUCAAUCUCUUCCAUUUCCAUUACUAAGAACAAAACAAAGCAAGUAGCAACGGAGCGACAGUGCAGGCUCUCAACUCUCAAAACCAAUGCAAAUCUUCCACAAUUCUGAUACAUUUUCGUUUAAGACUUUUGGGGUCGAAAAUUGAAUACCCAUUUUCGUUUUCAAGGUAAUUCAAUUAAAGGUUAUUUCAAAACCAUUGAUAUAGUUGCUUAAACAGUUCAUUGUAGUUCAACAAGUUUACUUUGGCAUUGUUACUGGAAAACGUUGCUAUAUUUUUAAGUGGCGUAUUAGUAAAGUAAACCUAUUUUCUGAUAGAAUUUGGUUGCUGUUUUGUGGUGAUUCUUUAUUGAUUUAAGAAGUAAAUCAGAUUAGUGUUGAUGGCAUCCAUUAGAAGAACACUGUCUCCUUUGCCUCGGCAAGGGACUUCGAAUACUGGGGAGGAGGCUGAACGUUCAGUUCCUUCUCCUUUAUCCAACCCUGCAUCAUGUAAUGAGAACUAUCCACCAAUUGGUGGUAGAUUGCUAUCUUCUCUUUUCGGUUUAUCGGAAUCUCGACCUUUGAUUCUCAGUGUUUUCUGGACAAAAUCAGCUCGGCCUUUCAACAGGUCUAAACAGAAGGAACAAAUUUGGAAGAGGGUCCUUUUACAUUUCUUCAUUUGUUUCAUAGUUGGUCUUUUGAUUGGGUUAACACCAUUCAUUUCCAUGGACAUUUCUUAUACUAAUCCCAGUUCAAAGGGCCAAGCAUUCUCUUAUGGGAUAGUAUCAACAGUUGGUAAUUCUCUAAAUCUCGAUAACAAAGGGGUCGAUGACAAUGUCGGGAAUUUAGAUAAUGCCAUGACGAAUCCUUCACUUCUUGUCGAUAAAAAUCAGGAAACUCGUAAGCUUUUGAUAGUUGUGACUCCGACAUAUACUCGACCGCUUCAAGCUUAUUAUUUAAACCGCUUGGCAUACACAUUAAAGCUGGCUAAACCUCCUUUACUGUGGAUAGUUGUGGAGAUGAACUUGCAGUCUGAGGAAACCGCUGACAUCCUAAGAAGGAGCAGUGUUAUGUAUAGACAUCUUGUUUGUAAGAGAAAUCUGACUGAUAUAAAAGACAGACAAGUUCACCAAAGAAAUGUGGCAUUAUCUCACAUCGAAACUCAUCGUCUUGAUGGAAUUAUCUACUUUGCUAAUGAGGAUAAUGUCUACUCAAUCGAUCUCUUUCAGCAAAUGAGGCAUAUUAGGCAGUUCGGGACAUGGACUGUGGCCAAACAAACAUGGGACAAAAGCAGAUUUGGUUUAGAAGGCCCCGUUUGUAAUGGAGCUCAAGUCAUUGGUUGGCAUCUAAACAGACUAAGUCGGAGAUUCCGAAGAUUCCAUGCUGAAAUGUCAGGGUUUGCCUUUAACAGUACCAUACUCUGGGAUCAAAAGCGUUGGCAUCGACCUCCUCUUGAACCGAUUAGACAGCUUGACACUGUCAAAGAUGGCUUCCAAGUAAGCUCAUUCAUAGAACAAGUUGUAGAAGAUGAAAGCCGGAUGGAAGGCUUACCGCUGGACUACUCAAGAAUCAUGGUUUGGGAGCUUAGUAUUGAAUCAUCAAAUUCCUUCUACCCUCAAAAAUGGUCAGUGAAGAAUUAUUUAGACGUUAUUGCUCCACUUGCAUGAAAUUCCGGAUGUGAAAGGAGUCUAAUUUUCGUUGUUCAGGUGAGCAUCGAUUCUUUCUCAAGUAAGCAAAGUAUUUGUUCAUAAAGUUUAGCAUAUGAAAUGUAAAACAACUUGAAAAUAAAA